AUGUCAUCAAAAAGAGGAAAUAGAGUAGUUUCAAGAGGUAGAGGUGGAAGAGGUAGAGGAGGUGGUAGGGAAACCACUAGAAGACAUGUUAAUAUAAGAAGUGGAGGUGGUGAUGCUAUGGGUGAUGAUGGUAAUUACCCAAGAAUAUGUAUAAGUAAUUUACCAAGAACAGUAGAUAGAUCAGAUUUAAUGGAAUUUUUAAAAUCAAAAUCAUAUCAACCAAAUUUAAAUUUUAGAGGUUAUGAGUUUAAAAAUACCAAACUUUUUUUAGGUGUUGAAGGUUCAGAUAAUAUACCAGCAUUAGUAGCAUUAACAGGUAUAAGAUAUGGAGGUGUAAAACUCUUAGUUUCACAAGAAGAUUCAAAUUCAGUUAAUACUAGAGUUGUUUUUAAUGGUAAUAAAGGAAAUUCUCAAAAACAAUUUAAAGAUAGUCAAAACAAACUUUCAGCAUCCAGACAAUUAAAACAUAUAGAAGAACACAUCACCAACACGUACACAAAUAGCCCAAAUAAAGAAGUUAUAGAUUUUUCAUAUUUACAUUCAACCAAAGAAUUGGACUUUAACGAUAGCAAAACAUUAAGACAAGUAUUUCGUUUAAUCUCUGAAAAAUGUGAAAAGGUAUACAUCAUCUAUCAAAUCUAUAUUGGUGGUGGUGGUGAUGAUGAUGAUGAUGAUGAAUGUUUGGUAGAUGAAUGGAUGAGUGCCAAUCAAUCAUUUUGCAAACCCAAGAGGGUGGUUAGUUUAUGUUUUUCACACAUAAAAACAUAA